ACUAAAUCCGGUUUGUGAAGUCGCAUGUAAACGGGAUGAAAGACCAGGAAUUUAUCGCAGAAACUCGAAUACAUCGACAUGUUUCGCGAUCGAUACGUCUCCGUAGGAUUUGAGGAACAUUGGUGUGUUAGUGCAGUGCGGCCGCGUGGGAAGGCACAUUCCUGCGAGGUAAUAAUAGGACUGUUUACAGGAGAGAAUGUUUGUUCAGUAGUGGAAGUGAACAAACUGGAGUGGCUGCUAUUAACCGCCCGUUGCACGGAUGCAGAACUCUGAUUCCGCAGAAACGAAUCGUCGCUUUGGACCUGAUUCCGAUUUUCUGUAGAGACGGUCCAGACGUCGUGGUUUUUCACGUUUGCCGAAGGAAGUGUUAACUAAAAUGGCGUCUGGGUGGAGCAGAGAUCCAUCUGAAGAUCAGCAGCGAUAUUACGAACUGUUGGGGGAUGUCUAUGUGUACGAACCAAACAGCAGCAGAGGACUGUUGAUACUGCGCAGAAAAGUGGGUUACGCCAUGUAUGGCAUACCAGACGAAGAACCAAAGUGUGAUAACGCCCACACGGGUUAUAGUGAGAGCAAGUACAAAACUGUGAAAGCUGUCGUCGACUUCAUGCGAUAUGUAAACAAGACGACGAAAGAGAAAAAUGAGCUUCAUAUGGCCAUUAUAUUUGUCUUCGUGGAACACCAGAAGCAGGUGCUGCAGUUCCCUGUAUUUAGAAUACUGCUCACAGAAACCACGUGGAAAUUCGUGGAUAUGAAAUGCCGCGUUUAUUCAUCGUGGCAGGAUUACUUGACACACAAUGAAUUACCAGAAGGAAAAUUUUGCUGGCCUCUCAAAGGAAUAUACAGUUCUGACUCCAACGACAAAGUUCAGCUUGGAUGGGGAAUUACACCAGCAGCACAUCCUGGCCGGAAGGUGGUUAAAGUAGCAGAUCAAGUCACCUCUUUGGCUGCGCUAGGGGUGGCUGGUGUGUCUGCCCUCGGUUUCCUAACCCCGUUUGGACCAUUGGCGAUGGUGGCAGCUACUGUUUGUAGUGCUGUUACCGGAAUCUACAGCACGGUACGCGGUGCUACAGCACUGGUCGACCGUGGUAUUCACGGCCAAACUGUCAACCCCUUCACCGACAGUCAGGCAGCCAUAUCGUGGUGUUCUAUGGCGGGCAGUGUGGUCGGUGUGGCAUCUGGGGCAGCUGCGAGUCGAGCAGCAAUUCUGGCGAGGAAUGGACAGGUGAUGAGUAAGACAGGACAAAUAGCGCGCAAUGCUCUCGACGUCACUUCAUUCGUUGUCAACGCCGCGGGUGCUGGUAUCGGGGCCAUCAGCCGUGGUGAACGUCUAAACAAGGGGAAGGCAACACCUCUAGAAGUGUUCCAGUUCAGUGCCUCACUGCUGUUUUUCGCUCAUGCCACAGUCAGUUUCCAGACAGCUUCACAACUAAUCGAGGACACACAGAAAGGAGUAAUCGACAAUUUCGAGAAGAAUCUGAGAAGCCAUAGGCACAGGAAACAGCCCAAGAAGUUGGGAAAGAGCACAGCAGGUACUGAUGAGAACGAGGUGGACGGCAAUGAAAGAGUUAUUAGGGGCAUCCGCAGCAUUGGUAGUAAGGAUGAUUUCUUAGUUGGAGUGGUCAGAACAAGGGAAGACUGUGACGGCCACAAAGUCGUACUUUCUGAAAAUGUAAACAAUGCAGAUAAUGGUGGUGCAGAGAUAAAUCCAAAGAAACUAUGUGACCUGGGCAAACAGCAAAGGGAAGAAAUCCUGUCAUUGGUCAAGCAGGCAUCACAGGGCAAAAUAUCUGAUGCCAUUUUAAAAGCCUGUUUUGACUCUGUACUCAGCAUUAACACUACAGGUACCUCUGGAAGACACUUCUCUGAGGAUACUGGUGUAGCGGAGCCAGUAAGUAAACUGACUUCACAGCUGCAGCAGGGUAUACAAGGGAUAGCCAUAGGAAGAAACGAGAUAAUUCUUACUCUCGCAGUUGUGGACGAGCUCACAGUUCAGGUGUGCUCGAAGACAGACAAUAAAUACACGAAAUGGUGGCACCUUAUCUGGCACCAUGUGAGUAAGCUAGUUAGGGAAUUGUACAAUACAUAUGAUGCUCUAACUCUUGAAAAACAGAUACCUAAUUGUACAGAAAAGCGCCAGUUCGAUCUGUUAAAUGGCAUAAAAAUGGCCAAUGUCUUCAUGCAUUUUGUUUUUAUAGUUUACAAUCAAUACAAAGAUCAUGUUGAGCAGCUGAUAAAUGAUAUAGAGAAAUCGAAGGCAAAUGGGAUCUGCGAAAAAUGUAAUCAGGCCAUGUGAUAAGAAGCUGUGUUAACUGGGUUAGUGAGAUCCUUUAAUACCUAAAAUCAGCAGUUACAUGGAGGUCACUGCGAUUGGAGAACACACUGUACGUGUUGUCUCGUUAUAUCAAUGUAAAAACUGUUUUAAAAGAAAUUCCAACCUUUGCAGGACUUACAAAGGAUUGCUAUAAUUUUAUCUUGUGAUACUUCGUAUGUUGUUUAGUUAUGUCUUUACCCUAGGUAAAAUAUAAUGUUCAGUUAUGCGCUGCAGUUUGUGUUUUGUGAAGGGUUGAGACGGACUUGCUGUAUUUUAAGAUCUGUGCCGCUUUUGAAACUCGAGUUUGUUAUGGAAGCACAGUAACAGUAGUACAAUGUGAUUAAAAUUUGUCUUAAAGUUGAAACACAGUAUGAUGGGAUAUCCCACAUUUUACUCAACCUUUUCAUUUUUGUUAGAGUAUUAUUUUUUAUUGUUACUAUUAUUAACAUUAUUAUGAAGCUCUUUGUACUGACCGUUUUUUGUUACUUAAUAAUUUCGUGUAAAACACAUAAUUUAGAAUUUACAGUAAUGUCACUGAUUUGUUACUGUCCUAUUUAUAAAGAAUUAAAUAUAUAGCCAUUUUAUCUGAAAAAAAGACUGCCUGGAUAGUACGCUUCUAACAAAGAACAUAGGUCACAUCCAAGGAGGUAAUAACAGACGGAGAUCAGCAGAAAGGAUGGGUGGAAGACAUGGCACAUUACGUAGGACCUAGUGGAAGCAGAUGUGCAGAGGUCACAACUGCACAGUUCAGAAAGAAAUGAGUUAUCUUAAUCCACUCAUAAAGAAAUAAAAUUUUUAAGAAAGAACUCGUGAGACUGUUUGAAUAAAAAUUAGUUCCAUUGAAAAAAUUUUAUUUCUCUGCAGAAUGUAUCAUUUAUAUAUGUGACAUGUUGUACAUGAGACGAAACAUUUUUUAAAUCGGUUGUAUUAACUUCCGUGAAGUAUUAAGUCUUACAUAUUAAAGAUUUAUAUUGUAUUUAGUUAUCUGUUCACUCACUGUAGUUACUGCCGAAAGAAAAACAAGGAUUCGUUCUACACCCGCAUCACAGUUACCAUGUAUUACAAUAGAUACAAUAAAUUAAAAAUAACACUUAGAUUCUUCUUUAUUUGUUGUUACACAAUAGAAAAUUGAUUCCGCUAUAAGAUAGCAUUUAAAACAAACCAUUGGAUUUGUUUGGAUAAAAAUUUUGUUAUCUCUUUGUCACAAACAUACUGCCACAAUACAUCACUGCCAC